UGCGGUGAACGAAGCAACAGUGGAGAGCUUGCUGUAAUAAAAUUUCGGCAUCAAGAAUUGAGUGUUGCUCUCAUUUCUCACACACAAGAGAGAGAGAGAAUGGACGGUGACGAUGUGGACGUGGCCGCUGCGGAGACCGCUGAAGCAGUACCGGAACUUGAUGAUAUGAAGAAGAGAUUAAAGGAGAUGGAAGAUGAAGCUGCUGCUCUUCGUGAGAUGCAGGCUAAGGUUGAGAAGGAAAUGGGUUCUGUUCAAGAUCCUAGUGCUUCAGCUGCUGCAUCCCAAGCAAAUAGAGAGGAAGUAGAUUCUCGAUCAGUGUUUGUUGGUAAUGUGGACUAUUCGUGCACCCCUGAAGAAGUGCAGCAGCAUUUUCAGGCAUGUGGGACAGUAAAUAGGGUCACUAUCCGUUCUGACAAGUAUGGCCAACCAAAGGGUUAUGCAUAUGUUGAAUUUGUUGAGCCAGAGGCUGUGCAGGAGGCUCUCCUUUUAAAUGAAUCUGAAUUACAUGGCCGCCAGUUGAAGGUAACUGCUAAGCGGACCAAUGUACCUGGGAUGAAGCAGUUUCGUGCUCGUCGACCCAGCCCGUACAUGGGGUUUCCACCCAGGGGUGCAAUUAUGCCUCCUUAUCUCUUCUCUCCUUAUGGAUAUGGGAAGGUAAUGAGAUAUAGAAUGCCAAUGCGUUACAGCCCCUAUGGCUGAAGUAUGAUUUUGCUUGAGACAGCAUUGCGAGCAGAUAGAUACAUCUCUUCUCACAUAUUUUAAUGUUUGGGUGGGAUGAACAGAAGACGUUUCCCUGCAUGGGUUGAAAUGGUGUAAUGUGAAAAUGGAGCUUUGUUUUGUUCAUGGUAGACAAUUAAAUUAUUCUUGCUUGCGUCCUUGGUGCUGCCUAUAAAUAUUCUAUCGUGAAAGCUUCCUCUGGUUGCAAUAUUUUAGGUCUUGUUAGAGGGUCCGUUCGCUGCUUCUGUCAUUUCUUUAAAUGAAGCCUCCUGUUUUCUGUGAGA